AUGUCCCUUAUCCGGCACAAGCACACCCUCCUCGUUGAGAUGCACCUCCCUUCCCGCCUCCCUUCCCCCUCUGUCAGCACCUCACUGCGUCUCAUCGCACCUACUCACCUCCCUUACCCCUCUAAAAGCACCUCCUUUCCCCCUCGAAAAGCAUUUCCCUCCCCCCUCUCCAAGCACCUCCCUUCGCCAUCUCACAGCACCUACCCUCCCCCUCUCACAGCACCUCCCUUACCCCUCUCACAGCAACUCCCUUCCCCCUCUUACAGCACCUCCUUUCCCUCUCUAAAAGCACAACCCUUCCCCCUCUCACAGCACCUCCCUUCCUCCUCUCAAUGCACCUCCCUUCCCCCUCUUACAGCACCACCUUUCCCCCUCUCACAGCAACUCCCUUGCUCCCUCUCACAGCACCUCCUUUCCCCCUCUCGCAACACCUCCCUUCCCCCUCCUUUCCCCACUCACAGCACCUCCCUUCCCCCUCUCACAGCACCUCCUUUCCCCUUCUUCUCACUGCAACUCCCUUCCCCCUCUCACUGCACCUCCCUUCCCCCACUCACAGCACCUCCCUUCCCCCUCCCACAAACCCUACAUUCCCCCUCUCACAGCACCUCCCUUCCCCCUCUCACAGCAACUCCCUUCCCCCUCUUACAGCACCUCCUUUCCCCCUCUUACAGCACAACCCUUCCUCCUAUCACAGCACCUCCCUUCCUCCUCUCACUGCACCUCCUUUCCCCCUCUCACAGCAACUACUUUCCCCCUCUAAAAGCACCACCUUUCCCCCUCUCACAGCAACUCCCUUCCCCCCUCUCACAGCACCUCCUUUCCCCCUCUAAAAGCACAACCCUUCCCCCUCUCACAGCACCUCCCUUCCUCCCCUCACUGCACCUCCCAUCCCCCUCUCACAGCACCUCCUUUCCCCCUCUUACAGCACCUCAUUCCUCCCUCUCACUGCACCUCCAUUCCCCCUCUCACAGCACCUCCCUUCCCCCUCUCACAGCAACUCCCUUCCCUCUCGCACAGCACCUCCCUUCCCCCUCUCACAGUUCCUCCCUUCCCCCUCUCACAGCAACUCCCUUCCCCCUCACACAGCACCUCCGAACCCUACUCUCACAGCAACUCCCUUCCCCCUCACACAGCACCUCCUUUGCCCCUCUAAAUGCACCCCCCUUCCCCCUCUCACAGCACCUCCUUUCCCCCUCUAAACGCACCUCCCAUCCCCCUCUAAAAGCACCUCCCUUCCCCCUCUCACAACAACUCCAUUCCCCCUCUCCCAGCACCUCCCUUCCUCCUCUCACAGCACCUCCCUUCCCCCUCUCACAGCAUCUCCCUUCCCCCUCUCUAAGCACCUCCCUUCCCCCGCUCACAGCACCUCCUUUCUCGCUAGGGAAUGCACCUCCCUUCCCCCCUUCAGAGCAACUCCCUUCCCCCUCUCAUGUGCUACUUUAG